AUGUGGUUCUCGACUCUGUGUGUCAUUCUGUCCCUGGGGAAGACUGGUGCCGCGCCCUUCAUCCAGUCCCGGGUCAUAGGAGGCUGGGAGUGUGAGCGGCAUUCCCAGCCCUGGCAAGUGGCUGUGUCUCACCAUGGCCUGGCAGUGUGUGGGGGAGUCCUGGUGCACCCCCAGUGGGUGCUCACGGCUGCCCACUGCAUCAAAGACACUAGCCAGGUCUGGCUGGGUCGCCACAACCUGUUGGAGGAUGAAGACUCGGCGCAGCGCGUCGCAGUCAGACACAGUUUUCCACACCCGCUGUACGACAUGAGCCUCCUGGAGGGCAGAGACCCGGGCUCAGACUCCGACGGCAGCCACGACCUGAUGCUGCUCCGCCUGUCGGCGCCUGCCAACAUCACCGACGCCGUCCAGGUCCUGGGCCUGCCCACCGAGGAGCCCUCGCUAGGGAGCACCUGCUUCGCCUCAGGCUGGGGCAGCAUCCAUCCCCAAAUAUCCUUGUUCCCCAAGACCUUGCAGUGCGUAGACCUCAGACUCUUCUCCAACGGCAUAUGUGAAGAAGUCUAUUCCGAGAAGGUGACGGAGUUCAUGCUGUGUGCUGGGCGCUUGAAAGGCGGCAAGGACACCUGUAUAGGUGACUCAGGGGGUCCACUCAUCUGUAAUGGCAUGCUGCAAGGUCUCACAUCGUGGGGUGGCGACCCCUGUGCCUUGCCUAGACGGCCUGCCUUGUACACCAAGCUGAUGCCCUACCGCAAGUGGAUCGAGGACAUCAUGAUAGCCAACCCCUGA